UGAUGUCCUGGUCGUCUGGUGUUUUUCUGAGUUUUUUUACACUAGCAUUCGUUAUUCUUUUCUCAGCCUCACUAACGCACCUCCGGCUUUGUUCCUGCUUUCUCACACCGAGACUGCUUCAUCAAUAGCUGCUGCUCAAACAAAGACAUAAAAAUGGAUCAAGAAGAAGAGGACCCACCCGUUGCAGUUGAAAUCAUCUCCGCACCUCAAACCGAUGACAUUUCAGUUGGUGUCACAGUUAUCACGGGAUAUUUGGGUGCUGGCAAAUCCACUCUUGUGAGUCAUAUUCUGAAUUCACAACACGGGAAGAGAAUUGCAGUGAUAUUAAAUGAAUUUGGGGAAGAAAUAGGAGUGGAGAGAGCAAUGAUCAAUGAAGGAGAAAGUGGUGCUCUUGUCGAAGAAUGGGUUGAAUUAGCAAAUGGGUGUAUUUGUUGUACUGUUAAACAUAGUUUAGUUCAAGCACUAGAACAACUUGUUCAAAUGAAGCAAAGACUUGAUCAUAUUAUAAUUGAGACUACUGGAUUAGCGAAUCCGGCUCCCCUUGCUUCUGUUCUUUGGUUGGAUGAUCAGUUGGAAUCAUCUGUCAAGCUUGAUUCAAUUAUCACUGUUGUGGAUGCCAAAAAUCUUCCCUUCCAGCUCAACAAUCACAGGGACUCAUCUUCAUUUCCUGAAGCAUUUCUUCAGAUAGCAUUUGCGGAUGUUGUCAUUCUUAACAAGGUUGAUUUGGUUUCUUCAGACGGUUCUGGGUCAUUGGAAGAGCUGGAGAAGGAAAUACACAACAUCAAUUCCCUUGCAAAUAUCAUUCAUUCUGUCCGUUGUGAAGUUGAUUUGAGUAAAAUAUUAAAUUGCCAAGCAUAUGAUGCUACUCAUCACACUCAUUUGGAAGCAUUGUUGGAAGAAAGCAAGUCACUGUCCACAAGGGAUCUCCAUGAUGCUGGUGUGCGGACUGUUUGCAUUUGUGAGUCACAGCUGGUUGAUCUUCAUAAGGUUCGUUUAUGGCUUGAGGAGAUUCUAUGGGAUAAGAAAGAUGGCAUGGAUGUUUACCGCUGCAAAGGGGUUUUAAGGGUUCAGAACUCUGAUGAACUGCAUACUUUGCAGGCUGUAAGGGAGAUAUAUGAUAUUGUUCCAGCUCGAAAGUGGAAAGAAUCAGAAAAUCUGAUGAACAAAAUAGUUUUUAUUGGACAUAAUCUAAAUGAGGAUGUUCUUAUUGAUUCCUUUAGAGGCUGUGUGGUAACACCUUAAGUUUUGAUGUUUUCAUAGAAUUUGUCAGACUGUUGUAGAAGUUGAUUACAAGUUUUUGGAGUUUAAAUUUUAGAGCAGCAUUCAUUUUAGAAAUUUUGUACUUCUAUUAUGUUUCUUAUCAAAGUUUUGAUAUUUUCACA